GGCUCUUUAAGGGCGGGCGACAUCACAAGGCUGCGGAAGGCCGGACAGCCGUGGAACUCCGGGGCCUUGGGCUGUUUCUGGAGCGCCUGCGGGCUCUGGAUUUCCACCUCCAUGGGGCCGCAGGCCCACACGUGAGCACCUGAAGACGUGGCCAUGGCCGAGGGCAGCGAGCUGAUGAACAGGCUCAUGAGUGAGAACGCAGACCUGAAGAAGCAGGUGCGCCUCAUGAAGGAGAACCAGAUGCUGAAGCGUCUGCUCAGUGAGAGCUGCCAGGAGCGCUGUGGUCUCGGGAGCCGAGACCUCCUCUUCACCAAGGUGCCCACCUACCCCGAGGACUGCUCGCCUGGGAGUGCAGUUGCAGACUUUGGAAGGUUCUCCAGCGCCCCCGAUGCACCCUCUCAGCUGCAGACGUCCUCCCUGGAGGACCUGCUGUGCUCGCACGCCCCCAUCUCCAGUGAGGACGACGCCUCCCCUGGCUGUGCAACCUCCACCCAGGUGCCCUUCAAGGCUUUCCUCAGUCCCCUCGAGCUGCGUGUACCCCGAGGCACUGACAGGAAGCUGUCCCCACUCCUGAGCCCCUUGCAGGACCCGCUGGCGGACAAGACCCUGCUGGAGCCCAGGGAGAUGGUCCGGCCCAAGAAAGUGUGCUUCUCGGAGAGCAGCCUGCCCUCUGGGGACAGGACCAGGAGGAGCUACUACCUUAACG